AUGGAGGAAAACCUGGCUGAAUCCCAGGUGACGAAGAGCAAGGUCAAGAGCCGGCCAAAGCACGCUUUCAUAGGCCUUGGCGAAGUCAAGCAGGACCGCGCCCGCACGCGACCCACCGGACUGGGAACAGAAAGUUUGAAGGUCUUGGAACCGAAUCAUGGAGUGACGAAUGGACCGUCCGGGGACGAAGCCAGUUUGGUCGUCGUGGACAAUGAAGGGAAGAAUUUUUCCCAACCAAUGAGCCAAUAUCUUCGGUCCAAACUUGGCAUCGUGGUUGAGCAAAGUGAUCGGGCGGUAGUUGCCUGGAUCACAUCGAUCCCCUUUCUUGAAAAGCACGCACGGGGCUGA